UUGAUCUUGAUGUUAGGGUGACUGCAAAUUUGACUUUUUAUGUAAACAUGAUUUCAUGGGCACUGCAUUUUAACAUUGUAAUGGGUGUUUUGAAACUUCACAGGUUCUUUCUUGUUUUUACAGAUGACACCACCAAUAUCAAUUGAAGACGUUCGUAGAGAGGUCAAAAUCCUCAAAGCCUUGUCCAACCAUAAUAAUCUUGUCAAAUUUUAUGAUGCAUGUGAGGAUGCACUUAACGUCUACGUAGUCAUGGAAUUAUGUGAAGGUGGAGAAUUAUUAGAAAGAAUUUUAUCCAGAGGUGGAAGGUACUCAGAGGAGGAUGCUAAAGCUAUAGUUAUUCAAAUACUGAGUGUAAUCGCCUUUUGUCAUCUUCAAGGUGUUGUGCAUCGUGAUUUAAAGCCAGAGAAUUUUCUUUUCACCACCAGAGAUGAAAAUGCUCAGAUGAAGUUGAUUGAUUUUGGCCUUUCCGAUUUUGUUAAACCAGUUUACAAAUCUCAAGUGAAUGCUAUUGUGUCGGGGUUCAUUGCAUCUGAUAUGACAGCUAAACUAGGAGAAGAUAUCGAGAAAAAGAUUUUGGAAACUAUUCCAAUGGGGAGGUAUGUACGACUGGAAGAAGUUGCAGGCCUUGUGGAGUUCUUGGCCCUUAGUCCUACAUCGAGUUACAUUACUAGGCAGUCCAACAUCGAGCUUUGGUUCACAAUCCUGAAAGGCUACACUCCCCCGACGAAAGAUGGAACACCUCUUGAACCUGAAGAUUGGACUCCCCCAAUGAUCAAGAAGGUGCAACUGAACUACAAGGCGAUCAGCACCAUUCAGUGCAGGCUUACAAUGGAGGAAUUGAAUCAAGUCGGCCCCUACGACAACGCCAAAGAAUUAUGGGAUUCUCUACCUUAA